AUGCAGGAGAGGACCAAAGCUCAGUAUCAGAGCCAAAAAAAAAAGGUGCUGCGUCUCCGUGGAGGAAUCAUCGAGCCCUCUCUGCGCCAGCUGGCCCAGAAGUACAACUGUGACAAGAUGAUUUGCCGCAAGUGCUAUGCCCGCCUGCACCCCCGUGCCGUGAACUGUCGCAAAAAGAAGUGCGGCCACACCAACAACCUGCGUCCAAAGAAGAAGGUCAAGUAAACAUGUUGGGAUCUUAGUCCACUUUCCCCACCUUGCCUGGCUUUGGCACUGUUCCGGUGAAUCACUCAGCCUCCUAAUCUCCCAAGGGAACGUUUCCCCCCUUCACUGUUAAAAUAAAACUGAACAGUUGCACCUAAAAAAAA